AUGACAGGUAAAUUAGAUUUAACAUUAAUUCUCCUUUUUUUUAUUUCUUUCCAACUAUUAUUUUGUAAUGUACAUGAUUUUUUAAAAAUGGAUGUAAGAGACUCGACCACAGAAGCAAUUGAGAAUGAUCAUCAUGCGUUUGAGAUGGCUGAGAGCGAUCAUUCUGAAUCUCAUUCUUCAUCAUUUACGAAAUAUUUCCAGGGUUCUUCAACAACAUAUCUAAUGUCUUCAUUAACACUAAAAGAAAGUGAUGCAUCUCAAUUUGAACCAACCGAAGAUUAUAUCAACUCUUAUGAGAGUGUACUACAACAAACGAGAAGUUGGAAAAUACCUGAGCAAAUGGAUUUUUUAAAGCGUCUUUUCACAACAAUGUCUCAUGAACAUCUUGGUAUGGUUGAGGGUAUUCUACUACCUAUGCUCCAACGAGAUUUUAUUAAUUUACUGCCACGGCAUUUAGCAGAAAAUAUACUUUCUUACCUUCAUGCGGAAGAAUUAAAAAGUUGUGAAAUGGUUAGCAAAGUGUGGAAACAUACAAUUGCACAGGGAUUAUUAUGGAAAAAAUUAAUAGAAAGGAAAGUUUUAACAAAUGACCUGUGGAAAGGGUUAUCUAGAAGACGUGAUUGGGGAAGGUUUCUAUUUAGGACAACGAAAGAAGUUGCAGUUAUAUUAGCAAUGGAUGAUGGAUUAAAUAGUGAUAAGACUGCUCUUAUAGCUAGUAGAAUUGAUGAAAUCACAAAAUAUCAAAGUAAUUUUUUCCGUACAUUAUAUCCUAAAAUUACACAAGAAAUUGAAAAAGUUGAGCAAAAUUGGUUGACAGGAAAUUAUUCACUGACAAGAAUAAAUUGUAAUUCAGAAACCAGUAAAGGUGUCUAUUGUCUUCAGUAUGAUGAUAAUAAAAUUGUUUCUGGACUAAGAGAUAAUACUAUUAAAAUUUGGAGAAGACCUGAUAAUAUUUGUGAAAGAACACUUGUUGGACAUACAGGAUCUGUUCUUUGCUUACAGUAUGAUGAUAAAAUGAUUGCUUCUGGCAGCUCAGAUGCAACUGUCAGAAUUUGGAAUGUCAAUACAGGUGAAUUAAUUUCAUCUCUUAUUCAUCACUGCGAAGCUGUUCUCCAUUUACGAUUUCAAAAUAAUGUUAUGGUAACAUGCUCAAAAGAUAGAAGUAUUGCAGUUUGGGAUGUAAAAUCACCUAAUGAUAUUACUUUAAGAAGAGUUCUUGUUGGUCAUAGAGCUGCAGUGAAUGUUAUUGACUUUGAUGAUAGAUACAUUGUUAGUGCAUCUGGAGAUAGAACUAUCAAAAUAUGGAGCAUUAAGACAUGUGAAUUUGUAAGGACCUUAUCAGGUCAUAGACGUGGUAUUGCUUGUUUACAAUUUAGAGAUAAACAUAUUGUAUCCGGAAGUAGUGAUAAUACAAUAAAAAUAUGGGAUAUCGAAAGUGGUUCUUGCAUUAGAACAUUAGAAGGACAUGAAGAAUUAGUUAGAUGUAUUCGAUUUGACAAUCAUCGCAUUAUUUCUGGAGCUUAUGAUGGUAAAAUUAAAGUAUGGGAUUUAAAAGCUGCAUUGGAUAGCAAAUCUUCACCAUCUCAAUUAUGUAUUCAAACUUUAAGUAAACAUACGGGUCGUGUAUUCCGUCUUCAAUUUGACGCUUUUCAAAUAGUCUCUUCGUCUCAUGAUGAUACAAUCCUUAUUUGGGAUUUUCUUAAUUCUGAACCACAAAGUGAUCCCUCGGAGUCAGAUGCUUCACUCUCAGGAUAG